AUGCACAAAUAUAUCCGGUAUUCCGACCUGGACACGGAUUCCGAUAGUGUAAUUGCGUACUGCAUUGAGGAAAGUGCGGCCAAGACGGUAUCCCGAGGACCCACCUGUGCAGAGUGGUGUCACCGAGUGCAAAAUACCGUGUUGCCUCUUUUAGAAGCGUUGCUUACCACAGCAAGCGACUCGAGCAGAGCCGUUGACGAUCUUGUGAUGCAGUACACCUGGUACGACCAGUUGCCCUUUGCGAUAGCCGCCGUGACGCAGUGCCAGAACGCACGGUGCACCGCUGCCGUCGGGGAGCUCACGUACUGGCACUGUCAGUUGCUCGCACGCGGAUACAACAACAGAGCGAACAGUGCACGACGCAGCGUCUGUGAGAUGUUGCCCUUCCUGGACAGCGUGCUGCUGCUCAGCGAGUACACGAACGCAGUGACGGAGUCCCUCCACCUGCUGCUUCCCGGACGCAGCCAGGCAACGACACAGACACCGACUGCCAAGCGGACUCUACUGCGGUGGCUCACUGCACGGCAGCAGCAGUACGACGAGGCAGCAGCAGCGGAAGCCGCGGCGGCAUCCGCUGAGGAGCCAUUGCAGUCGGUGUCGCAGUCGCGGUGCAGUUCCCGCAGCGGUAACAGCCCGCCGUACGGGAGCGUCGCCGUGGCGCAGAUGUUUGUCAGCGCGUUGGCGGCGGCGGUUCUGGAACCCGGCGGCGGCGACAGCGGCGGGCGGCGCGUUUUACCCGAUGCGGGAAAGUGA